AUGUUCAAUAACCGCGAGAGCGACAACCAAUUCCAACCCGAUACGCAGAUAAGAUAUGGUCACGCUCAAGCUACUGGAGGAAGCGACUUCGCAGACUCGGAACCGCCGGAAUGCGUACUGGAAGAGCCGCCGGAGUACAUCCCUCAAGAGAUGCGGGAGUUCACGCCUGAAGAGCUUCAGACGAAAACUAAACGGACGGUGCUUGAGAUGUUGACAGUGCUGUUGGAGUGUACCCACCUCCCUCCCGAUUGGUUUAGAAACCAACUAUACGCGCUCGUUGAGUUAGUGUACUACCCAGAGCCACCCGCAAGACCAAUUCCAGUCGAUGAUAGACUCCCAGCGUAUACUGAAGGCUUACUGCUUGGGCUUAAAUCUUUGUUGGAAAGGGACCGCACUGAUUUUGAUUGGUUCAGAGUCGCACUGUAUAUGUCCACCUUGACUAUCUUCGAUUCAACACCGGAAAUGAGAUCAAUUAUCUUCGAUGACUGCGUGGAUCUUACCCUACACCUGUGGAGCCCACGGCCGUAUGAGGACUCGGAUACCCCUGACCUUUUCAGGGAUUUACUCUGCACACAUUCUCGUUCUCAUCCUGCCUGA